AUGGAUUUGAUAAAGACAUGGGUCCAAAAGUGUCAAGAGGGACAUUAUCUUUGUAACAUGACCAAUUCGUCGCAGACGCUACCAAUACUACCCACCCGGGUCAUCGAAAUCGAGACUAAUGGCCAAGCUCGUAUCAUGGAAACCAUGGGGAUGCGAGCAGAGUACUUAACUUUGAGUUAUUGUUGGGGCCAAGGAAAGAAACUACUGAGUACUAGGGGAUCCGGCUUAUAUGAACAGUUCAGACGAAAGUUACCAGUCGAUGAUGCAAUGCCCAAAACCUUUAGAGAAUCUUUGCAGGUUACCACGGCUCUCGGAUAUCGUUACCUAUGGAUAGAUGCUCUUUGUAUCAUUCAAGAUGAUCCUGAAGACGUGGGAAAGGAAAUGGCUAAGAUGGGAGACAUAUAUCGACAGUCGAAGUUGACCAUAUUCGCAGCCAACGGUUCGGACACUGAUACAGGUCUCUUCUGUGACCGUGACGCCCGAGGUAGCAAAUCUUGCAACAUUCAGGUAACUCUGAAACGGGAUAAACAAUGUCUGCGGAAAUGCAUAUCGAUCCAACCUUUUGUUAAAUACCGUCGCAGUGCUCUGCAAACAAGAGGAUGGGUUCUUCAAGAGGAGGUGUUGUCAGGACGGUCACUGACUUUUAACACUAACGCGGUGGAGUGGUCUUGCGUGAUGGCAUUCGCAAAUGAAAAUCAUCCGUGUAUGAAAACACUAGAACAUCCAGACAUCGUCAGCAAGAUACCACCUCUCGCAGAUUCGAAGCAACGUAAUCACUUCGACAUUUGGUACGAUAUGGCUGGGAACUACAGUCAGAGGGCAUUGAGUGUUGAUUCGGACAAGCUGCUUGCAAUUGCAGGUUUGGCAAGUCUUAUGCAAAAGAACUACAAUCUCACCUAUGUGUCUGGGUUGUGGAAAGAAGAUUUGCAAGCUGGGCUAUGCUGGUGGGUUAGUUCGCGGAAUGAUCAGUUUCGCAGAGAUGGACCAAGGUCCAUCAACGAGAACUUCCCUAAUUAUCUUGCGCCGACUUGGUCCUGGGCCUCUGCACAUGGU